GGAAUCGCAUGUGCUUGCAGCGCAGUGCACAGUCGGAUCUCUCGAGCAGAAACAUCGGUACCAACACAUCAGGAAAUCCAGUGUAGCUGGUGAUUCCUUUUUUCUGGAACAGUCAGUGGGAAACCUUUGACAGUGCAAGGAUGAGUUAGCAGCAGCCCAUGACUGCACUGCUGAAGGGAGAGCCUGCUGUAGUGAAUCAGCAUCAAUUACACAACAGCAUUAUAAUCAGCACAGUGGUCCUGGAAGAACUUGCCUGGAUCCAAGGAGAACCUCAGUGUUUACCACAUUCUGUUGAUAAUGGGGCACACGAAACAGCCUGACGUCAUGCUCGUGGUGCUUGGAUGUCUAAUACCCUUCAUUUGGAGUUUCCCGUUUGGCCCUGUCCUUGAUCUGGAUGUCACCCCCAGGACAACCGUACACGUCAAUGGCCUAUUGGGCUGUAAUCGUUUCCAGGGGACGGCAGUGAACUCCAGCACUCUGUUGUUGGAAGAUGGUCCAGGGUUACUGUAUGUAGGGGCCAGAGAAGCAAUUUACGCACUGGACACAUCUAAUAUCUCUGCCACCAAUAACACUCUUUCUCUGGAAUGGGCAGCAUCUGCUGAACAGAAGAGACAGUGCCUGAGCAAAGGGAAGAACAAUCAGACGGAAUGUUACAAUCACGUGCGGUUCUUGGACAGAUAUAACGACACUCACCUGUACACGUGUGGGACUCAUGCCUUCAGACCACGCUGUGCUUACAUAGAUGUGGCACGCUUCACCUUUGUGCGUUAUGAGGAGGGAAAAGAGAAAUGUCCCUAUGAUCCUACAAAGGGCUUUACUGGAUUUAUAAUUGAUAAUGAGAUGUACUCUGCUUCCCAGUAUGAGUUUCAUAGUACCCCUGAUAUUCGACGCAACUUUCCCUUCCCCAACUUAAAGACGGACGAUUCUCCAGCAAGAUGGCUGCUUGAGGCAGAUUUUGUCGGCUCAGCAUUUCUGAGAGAGAGCAUCAACAGCUCUAUAGGGGAUGAUGACAAGCUCUACUUCUUCUUCACGGAGAGGAACAUAGAACCGACUGCUUACUCCAGCCAGACCAAAGUGGCCAGGGUGGCCCGCGUGUGUAAGGGGGACAUUGGGGGUCAAAGGACUCUACAGCGGAAGUGGACGUCCUUUCUCAAGGCCAGGUUGGUGUGUUCCAUUCCUGAUUAUGAGCUUUACUUCAACGUCCUGCGCAGCGUUUAUGUUGUCGAGGCGGCCAACAUACACGACAGCCUCUUUUAUGGCGUGUUUGCAGUUGAGUGGAGAAAUGUUAAAAUGUCUGCAGUGUGUCAGUACUCCCUCAGAGAUGUCCAGACAGCUUUUGAUGGGCCUUACAUGGAGCUACAGGACUCUAAAUGGAGGGAAUACACUGGAAAAGUUCCGGAUCCAAGGCCUGGCUCGUGUAUAACCGAUCAGCAUCGUGCUCUGCUUAUAAAUUCCUCCCGGGAUCUCCCUGACAACAUACUGAAUUUUGCUCGAAGACACCCUCUAAUGGCAAGGCAGAUCCAGCCGGUUGGAGGACGGCCACUCUUGCUCCAGAGAAGUGCAGACUACACCAAGAUUGCUGUACUACAAGUUGUGGGGUUGGAUGGACUCGUCUAUGACAUGCUCUUCAUUGGAACAGAUGAGGGCUGGUUACACAGGGCUGUAAAGAUCAGAGACCAUGUGCACAUCAUUGAGGAACUUCAGCUGUUUGAGGAUAAACAACCAAUCAAUAACAUGGCAAUAUCACAAAAACAGAACAGUAUCUAUGUGAGUGCCCCCUCUGGACUGGCUCAAGUACCUUUGUCAUCCUGCGAGCGCUACACCUCCUGUUAUGACUGUGUGUUUGCACAAGAUCCACUUUGUGGCUGGGAUGGAAGAGUGUGUGCUGAGAUAUCAUCCUACUCUAACAGGUCCAGUCUUGUCCAGGACAUACAGAUGGGUAGCAGAGGCUGUACAAACAUUACAAGUGAUGGUUUUGUCACGCACCGCACACGUGCGGUGAUGGCUGGAGAUGAUGUGCUUUUGCAGUGUGAGAUUCGCUCCAACCUGGCCUCCCCUCAUUGGACACUGAACGGUCAGCAGCUUCAGGGAUAUGGUGUGGAGUUCGGCUACCGCACUGGCAAUGACGGUCUCCUAAUCAUUGGGGCUCAGAACCAGCAGAGCGGACACUACCGCUGUUACGCAGUGGAAAACGGUGUUUGGGUUCCUGUCCGCAGCUAUAUUGUGAGAGUGCAACCCGUACCGCCUCCAGCAACGCAUCUGUUAGCAAGCCCAACGGCUCUACCUGAGAGUUUCUUCACCACUGAAACUGUACAAACUCCAAACCCUUCCAGAGGUCCUGUUGAGCAGCUCCUGUCCCCUCCACCUGCCCCGUUACCCUCUGGAACAGAGUUCCAGACCUAUAAACACAUGGAGGCCAUGUAUAUCUCUCUGGUAGCUGUUCUUGGUGGGCUUUGUCUAGUUCUAUCAGUGGUCUUGCUUUAUGUGAGCUUCUGUGCACGGAGCACUCCUAACACCAGGAAGUACUCUCAACAGGGUAUUUCAGUAACAACGGCAACUGGACGAAAAAGGAGCUCGCACUUUGAGCUUAAAACAAUCUCAAGCCAUUGCAAUGGCCGAACAGAGGGGCGGAGCAGAGGCGCGUCAAGGGUUGGCGAGUUUCUACAGAUUGUUUCAGGAGACACCCAGUCCACACCCAGUAAGGAGCCUCCACCUGCACCGCCACUGCCAAUGCCUCCGCCCCUCCCAUCAUCAGAAUAUGCCAACGGACUGUCGGCUACGUUACCCAGUGUGCUGAGAAAGAUGAACGGGAACAGCUACGUGCUCCUGCAGCAGACAGACUCAGAGAUGACGUCGCCACUUUACCACUCAUUUACAGAGGAGCUCAAUAAGAUCCUGGAGAAAAGGAAGCAUACACAGCUGGACAUGGAACCAGAUGAGAGCUCAGUGUAGCUCCAGGUUACAUGAUUACUAUAUCACCCCCUUGUGGUGGGAAGCUUAACUUUUGUAUAAGAAACACCCUUCCACCACAAUGAUGGUUUGUUGAUUUGUGAUGUUUUUUGUAGGAUCUGUAUAUACAACAUAAGCUUCCUUGGGUUGAUGCCUCAUGAUCUUUUUCCUGUGAAUUGUUCAAACGUGUGAGUUUCUCGAACAAAUUGUUUUCUGGCCUACUGAGAAAUUGAGGUUCAGACUCCUGGCAGACUUCAAGUAGCUAAGGACUUUUUGUUAUGGACCUCGGAGCAUUAAAAAGGCAAGUUGGAGCUUUGUCCAUUGAAUCAAGAACACUGAAAGACUUAUGGUUGAAAUCUUUAGUUUUACAGAAGGAAAUUGUACAGAGAAUUAAGACUGUCCAAAGACUACUUAGGCAAAACAAUUCAUAUUUGUACACUAAAAAGGUGAUAUUGUUCAAAUGCAGAUAUGUUUACAGAUCAUUUUUUUGUUGUUGCCUAAACGCACCUAAAUAACAAUAAUUUCAAAGGGAUAGCUCACCCAAAAAUGUAUUUUAUGUCAUAAUUUACUCACCCUCAUAUUGUUUCUUUAUGACUUUCUUCUGUGUAACACAUAAGUACCAAAUAUUUGGGGGGGGGGGGUUUGGGUAGCUCAGCGAGUAUUGACCCUGACUAGCACACUUGGAGUCACAAGUUCGAAUCCAGGGCAUGCUGAGUGACUCCAGUCAGGUCUCCUAGGGAGGGUAGAGUCAAAUGGGGUAACCUCCUCGUGGUCGCUAUAAUGUGGUUCUCGCUCUCAGUGGGGUGCGUGGGGAGUUGUGUUUGGAUACCACGGAGAAUAGCGUGGGCCUUCACAUGCGCUAUGUCUCCGCGGUAACGCGCUCAACAAGCCACGUGAUAAGAUGCACGGAUUGACGUUCUCAGACGCGGAGUCAACUGAGAUUCGUCACCCGCCACCCAGAUUGAGACUAUGAGUCACCUAUGCCACCACGAGGACUUGGAGAUCAUUGGGAAUUCCAAAUUGGGGAGAAAAAAAGAAGAAUUUGGAUCAACAUGAGGGUAAAUAAAGGAAGAAUUUUCAUUUAUUUUUGGGUGAAAUAUUCCAUCAUUAAAGCGAUAGUGAUAGCAGCUCAUCAAACUAUUACUGAUCAGAACGUUUCUAAAACAGAUUUUAUAUAAUGUUUGUAGAUAUACAAUAAAUGGUUUAAAGCCUUUUGGAAACAGCCAUAAAGGCACACAAUUUUGGGCUUUGAUAGUAACACAAUUUUACUCAAACCUUUUUUAAAGUGUACGAUUGCAAAUGGAUCAAAUUUGACCACACGCAUUUUGUUGACAUCUACAGCUAUAAAUGCGAAGCAAUCAUUUUCCUGCUACUCUGCUGUACAACUCCAGAUGGGUUUCAAUGUGCCAAAAGAUGACAAAUAGCCUUACAAUAGUGGAAUCACCCUUGCCUGAUACUGUAAAUGCAUUCAAAUUAAGGAAAAGAUGUCUGCAGAGGAAAGUGCAAUCAAUAAAUGCUAGGAUCAUUCCAAAUUUUACAUUUUAAUGCAAUCAGACAAUUAAUUUCCAAUUCAUUCACUUACUGCAUGACAAUGUGCCUGGUUAGUAAAGUAUAUUUCAGAUUCACAAAUUGCUUUGAAAACUGCAGACAUGUAUAUAAUUAUAUAAAGUUUUGUUUUUUGUAUUAUGUGUAAUCUGACUGGUUUUGCUCUGGUUUGUAAACAGUGUUAAUAAGCAGUGAUGAUGCCAUGCACCAAGUUUUGAGUCAGCUCUUGCCUGUCUCUCCCUAGUGGCUUUCCAAGCUCAUGCUGCUCUAUUUGUCACUGUUGCUGACAGGAACAGCAGUGCUUAGCAAGAACUCCAACAAGAUGUGGAGAUAACUGUGGAGGGCUAUGUCUAAUAGAGUCUAUUUCACUGUAACCAUGUUUAGAGUUAGGGUUAGAUUUAGGGUUAAGGUUAGGUUUAGGGUUUCUGACUCCAAAUAAACAGUGUGUGAACAUUGCAUGCAGCUCUUGCCAGACUUUAGGUAACCGGGAUGUUACCUUCUAGACACGACCACUGUGAAGUCUUUUCUUAAAACAUCAGUAAGCGUAGGGAGAGACAUAUGAGCUGCUUGUUUUGGCCAGUGAGUUGUGAAACUCAGCUGCUGUCAGACUGACAUACUGUGUCUGAGUUUGUCUCUUGUUCACCAUGUCUCUCACAAUUCUUUACAGAAAGUCAUGUUAUUUUGCAUCCAUGCACUCAUACCAUUGUCAACAUUUAAUUGUUAAUUCCCCCAUACAUCUGUGAUUGUAUUUGUUCCCUGCUAUCCUUCCUUUAAAACAAGAUGGCGACCAUGGCUGUCAGGUAAUUACUGUGACUUGUCCAAACUCUCGUCUGAUCUUCUAAACAUUUAUCAUCAGUCUCCCUUUAUCUUGAUACAGUGACCCCAAAUUGUAUUUGUACACUAAAAGGGAUAGUUCACCAAAAAAUGAAAAUUCUCUCAUCAUUUGCAUACCCUCACGCCAUCCCAGAUGUGUAUGGUUUUCUUUCAUCUGCAGUACACAAAGAUAUUUAGAAGAAUAUUUCAGCUCUGUAGGUCCAUUUGGUGCAAGUGAGUGGGGUCCAAAAAGCACAUAAAGGCAGUAUGUAAGAAAUCCAUACGACUCUAAUGAAGCAAUAUGAUGCAGUAGGUGUGGGUGAGAAACAGAUCAAUAUUUAAGUAUUCUUUACUAUAAAUUCUCCUCACUGCCCAGUAGGUGGCGAUAUACAUGAAGAAUGUGAAUCACCAAAAAGAAAAGAAAUACAAAGUGAACGUUGGGAUUGAUCAUAAAAAAAGCCUUAAAAUUGAACUGUAUCUCACCCACAUUGAUCAUAUCACUUCUGAAGAUAUAGAUUUAACGACUGGGGUCUAAUGGAUUAUUUAAUAUUAUUUUUGGACCUUAAAAUUUUGGUAUCCUUUCAAGGGCAUUGUAUGAAAUAUUCUUAUUAAAAUGUUGUGUUCAGCAGAAGAAAGUUAUACACAUCUGGGAUGGCAUGAGGGUGAGUAAAUGAUGAGAGAAUUUUCAUUUUUGGGUGAACUAUCCCUUUCAGUCUACGGAUGGGAUCUUAAUGGUUCCAUUAACCAUUCUUUUAGAACUUUUGAGAAAGAAGUAUUUGGAAAUAAAAACUGCUAUUCUUAUUAGAUUUAGUCCCCUCAACAGCCAGCCUGGUACCAAAUGAUAAGAUCAUUUUAUAUUUCACAUAACAGAUUUUUGCAAAAAUUUACAGACUUUUUUGACAGAUUUUAAAUAUUUUACUAAUUGUUUUACAGUACCACUAAUUACAACAAAAUUGAAAAUGUGUAUCUUUAAUUACACACGGUCCUAUCAACAACAGUACAGUAAUUAUUCCAAGUCUCACGAGCCAUAUACACAUAACACGGUAACAUUUCUUGGUUCAUUUUGAGUCGGACAUGACAAAAUGAAUGACUUGUGGUUCAUGUUCGGGAGGUAGCAUUGAAGGUUUUGCAGUGUAGAUUCAAAAGAACUAGCCCUUAAGAGACAAUAAUUUAGGAAUCUUGAUACACUGGUCACGCUGUAGAUUUAAAAGUAGAUGAGCCAUCCAUUCUGGAAUCGGACUAUAUAGGCCGUACUAAAUGUUUUGCGGACGUGCCAAGAAGGUAACAAUCUGGUUGACGAAAUUCUCGCAUGCAAUAUUCACACACUGUUUAAUGUGUCUAUUUGGAGUCCCACUGUAACCUUACACUUACCCCUAACCCAAUCCUUAACCUUAGUAACAGCUAGAUUUUGCGAGACUUCGGCAGCUGGGCAUUUAUUUUAAAGAAAGAUGGCACAAGCUCAUAUACUGAAGCUCGCCUAAUGUGCACUUUUAUUCAUGAACUGUGAUUCACAUUUAUUUAAAUAUUAGCAUUGUUGCGGUUACUGUAUUUGUGUAAUCUUAGAAAUGUUUGCAUUUAAUAUUUUCCCAAAGUUUUAUGCUUAUUUGUCAGUAUAUAGGCUAAAUAGUGUUUGAAUAUUUUAGAGUUUUUGUACUUACAAAACAAUAUUGGUUUACAUCCCAUUAAAAUAUGUGUUAUUGUCAUUACAUUUUCUGUAUCUUGUGAACCACAAAGUUAAGAAUUAUUUUGCAUGGGGCCUGGGAAGCUCAGAAAGUAUUGAUGCUGAAUACAACACCUGGAGUUGCAAGUUCGAAUCCAGGGCGUGCUGAGUGACUCCAGUCAGGUCCCCUAAGCAACCAAAUUGGCCCGGUUGCUAAGGAGGGAAGAGUCACAUGGGGUAACCUCCUUGUGCUCGUGAUUAGUGGUUCUCGAUCUCAAUGAGCCACGUGAUAAGAUGCGCAGAUUGACUGUCUCAGAAACGGAGGCAACUGAGACUUGUCCUCCGCCACCCGGAUUGAGGUGAGUAACCGCGCCACCACGAGGACCUAGUAAAUUGCGGGAUUUGGGGAGAAAAUAAAAUAUUUAUUUUGCAUGAAAAUCUUAAGCCUAAAAUAUUAUUUUUUCACAGUAGGCAAUUUUUAACCAGAAAUCUGUAUCAGGUCUGUUUGUAUGUCCCUUAUGUAUCUGUUACUUAGCAACACAGCUCUUAAUUUAGAACUUUCUUUAAUCCACAUAAUAGGUCAAGCUAGUUUUCACUGGGGAGACAAGAUGUGAUCAGAGCACUAGUCUCAACUCGUUAUAUUAAAUGGGACAUAUUAAUAAAAAUACUUCUCUCUUGUGCACUGAUUCAUGAGAACACGGCUUACAUUGAUCAGAUGCUCAGCCUCGGGUUAUCUGGCUAGGUUACUACCGUGCAAUCAUUCAUCUCUGUGGAAAUUAUUUUUUUUAAUUGUUGCAACAAGCAACAGCCACUACAAAACCGAUGCAUUAUGUUGAAUAUCUCCAAUUGUGAUUAUUGGUAAUAUCCAUAUUCGGCUAACAAAGAGAAUGUGCUGCUUUUGAAAACUGUUGAUAAUGAUUAUAUCCAACAUAUUCUAAUGUGCUCUACACCCAAACUGAUCAAGACCUAUGGCACACUUUGUCUAUUGCCUUAUUCCAGAAAUGUGUGGGAGUAAGCGAAGCAUUUCUCAUUUGUCUGUAAGGUUUGUGUCGGUGUCACUAUAAAUAAAUUGCACAUACACUAAUGCUUGAUUUUUUAAUUUUUUUCCAGCUGCUGCAAUCAAAAGAGCAGGGCAUAACCAACAAAGAUAUUGAGGGAGCCUCGUACGCCCUAAUUUUUAGAUUAGUGGUUGGCCCACACAGGUUUUUCAGUGGCUGAAUAUGUGGUUAAAAUCGUGCAAUAGACUACUCGAUUACUUGUUCUUCUUGACCCAAGAUUUCUGUUCUAUAUAUCAGCUGUAAGUUGUUACCAUUGAAAUGG